AUGCAUUUGCACUGUCAGCACGCGAAUGGCUCAUUGUGCUUUAUGCGGUUAUCAUUGUACUUACAAUUAUUUCGGUCGCUCUCCUCAUCAUAUGCAUUGUUCGAAGCUGCUGCUUCGUGCUCUUUGAAGACGAGAAGGUGA